UCCUGCUGUUGCUUGUGGUGAUGCCGUGCUGUCACAGGUACUGCCUGAUGAGCGUCGGUGGCUGCUACACAGAUUUCCGUAUCGACUUUGGUGGCACAUCCGUCUGGUAUCAUAUUCUCAAGGGUGGAAAGGUUUUCUGGCUGAUUCCACCGACCCCAAUCAAUCUUCAGAUCUAUGAGCAGUGGGUGUUGUCGGGUAAACAGCAGGAUAUAUUCCUGGGUGACAUGGUCGAGAAGUGUGCCCGCGUCGAAUUGAAACCAGGCUGGACUUUUGUCAUUCCUACUGGCUGGAUUCAUGCAGUUCACACUCCUGUGGAUUCGCUAGUGUUUGGUGGAAACUUUCUGCACAGUUUCAACAUAAGCGGUCAGCUUGCCGUGGCGGACAUUGAAGAAACUACUAAGGUUCCGCAGAAGUUCCGCUUUCCCUUCUUCACGCAGCUCAUGUGGUACGCACUAGACAAGUACGCGCACUCUCUGCGUUACUACCUGGAACAGUUUCACGGGUACAAGCCUGAUGACAGUACCACCAUCACACCCACUGGCACCAUCGUCAUGGACACCAUCGUCAUGGACGCCAUAGAUACUGUGGACAACACCAUCGACAUUGCAAUGGACACCACCAUUGACACUGCCAUGGACACAAGUACUAGCGGCAAGGAGAAAGAAGAGAGCGAUACUUCCCACACUGCUACAACUACUGCUGAUGCUACCGAGCCGAGUGAUGCGAAGUGUGAGACCGAGAGCGUUGCAACACCAGAGCCACCUGUUGCCGACGCCACCCCGGCAAAGUCCACACGCGUUGAGAAAGCGCACGUUUCCGACAGACCGUCCUCCCCUAGUCCCAGAAUGCGGCGUCGCAAGGCUGCAAUCGCCGCGGCCGCCGCCAUUUCUAUCUUGUAUCUUGCAGGUAUAUCAUCUCGUGACGACCACAUUUAAGUCUGAAUUUGAAGUGCGAAGAUGCUUCAGCAACCACAUCGUACUUUUCCAUUGCUUUCAUUGUGCUUCUACUGUGCAUGUGUGUAACUUGUGGGUAUAUAUGUGAUGACAUUGUAUGCUGGCGACACGGUCAGAUUUUGUCCAUGCGUGUAACGUACACCUGCAUGUUAUGCAUUGAAAAGGAUCUGCCACUUGCGAUCCUGGGACAAGUAUCAGGUCAGCUUUGUCUUGUGUGGGCUGUACCAGAUUGCUGUUCACUUUUCCAUCUGUUGGAUAUGUGACUUUCUGCAAGUUUCUGGUGUAUGGCGGCCACUUCUUUGCUUGUCACUUUGUAUGAUUUACAUUCUGUAUUCGCUGCUUCCAUGGCGUGGUCUGCAAACUGCAAUCCUUAGGCAAAUGUCAUGUUUGCUAUGUUGUGCUUUGGCCGUCAGCUUGUCUACACGUUGUAGUUGAAUUAUUUUGUUCCACAACUGACUUCCUUUUAAAAGUACGGUGGCCACUGCUUUGCAUGGCAUUUUA